AUGGCUGUUCCCUUCGCUUACGGCGUUGUACGUCCAGUUUCCGCUCCAUGGAUCCGGUCAAGCCGCUGCUCCGCAAACCCGUUUCUCCCCUGUAGAAAAGGUUCAUUUUCCGUUUCGAGAAAUGGGCCCUAUCGUUGGGAGAGUACCCUCCAAGCUUCCCUUCAUUCAACUUUGAGUGAGGAGGAUCGCUCUGAUUUAGUGAAUGCGCUCAAGGAUAAACUGAGCAAUCUGGCUGGGCAGCACGCAGAGGUUAUGGAGAAACUGACCCCAAAUGUGCGGAAGUGCGUCGAGGUGCUUAGGGAGAUUCAGGGCCAACAUGAUGAGCUAGAGGCUAAGUUUCUUGAGGAGAGAGCAGCACUUGAAGCGAAAUACCAGAAACUUUAUGAAACAUUGUAUACAAAGCGCUUUGAGAUUGUAAAUGGUGUUGUGGAAGUUGAAGGAGUGACUGAUGCUUCAGCAGACCAGGGAAAUGAUAAAGCAAAUAAGGACAAAGGUGUGCCCGACUUCUGGCUGGCAGCAAUGAAAACAAAUGAGAUUUUGGCUGAAGGGAUUUCAGAACGUGAUGAAGAAGCUUUGAAGUUUCUCAAGGAUAUCAAGUGGGCUAGGAUUGACGAUCCAAAGGGUUUCAAGCUCGAGUUCUUUUUUGAUACGAAUCCAUUCUUCAAGAAUACCGUGCUUACAAAAACAUACCAUAUGGUUGAUGAGGAUGAGCCGAUACUAGAGAAAGCAAUAGGGACACAGAUCGAAUGGUAUCCAGGCAAAUGCUUGACUCAAAAGAUUUUGAAGAAAAAGCCAAAGAAGGGGGUAAAAAAUGCUAAGCCAAUAACAAAGACUGAAAAGUGUGAAAGUUUUUUCAACUUCUUUAGCCCUCCAGAGGUUCCGGAAGAUGAAGAGGACAUUGAUGAGGAUGUGGCUGAGGAACUCCAGAAUUUAAUGGAGCAAGACUAUGACAUUGGCUCAACUAUUCGGGAUAAGAUUAUUCCUCAUGCUGUAUCAUGGUUCACUGGGGAGGCUGCUCAAGAUGAUGAACUUGAUAUGAUGGAGGAUAAUGACGGUGAUGAUAAUGAUCACGAAGAUGAUGAUGAUGAUGAUGAUGAUGAUGAGGAAGAGGACGAUGAUGAGGAUGAUGAUGAAGACGAAGCUCCUGUCAAGUUCUCAAAGAAGCCAUCCCGACCGAAGAGAGGUGUGGCGGGACGAGCUGGGGAAGGUCCACUGGGCGAACGCCCUGCCGAGUGCAAUCAGCAAUCUAAAAUGCUCGAAAAUCGAAAUUUUCAAGUGCUAAGUAGGAUUGUAUUUACAAAUCUUUGCAAAGAAGCUCAUAAGAGCAAAUUUCUCUGGAUUCGGCAGCCACACGAUCCUAAUAUCCGAAAAGAAAUUGAAACCCAACGGCGAAUAUGUUUCGAUGACUCAACAAUAAACGAGGAAUUCGAUUUCGGUUCCGUGCAAUCUUCUUCGCUCCGUUCUUUGAUAUGGCCUUUAGGGACUGGGACGAUUAAUCUGCGAUGUGUUAAUUGUAAGUUACUGAGGGUACUAACUGUAGUGGCUUACAACACUUGUGAUCCACCGGAUUACCUCUCGGCCAACAUGCGAUUUCUUGAAUUUUUCUGCACCAACAUUCACCGAGUAGCUUCUUCAUUUCUCAGCUUUUUGUGUCAGGAGCUGAUGUCAUUAAACCAGGAUCCGAACCCGACUCGACUCGUCGACAUCUGGAAGAUGACAGCUUAG